AUGGUGAAAAUAUUUUCAUACCAUGUUUUGUAUGAAGAUAUUCGUAAUAAUCUUAUGAAAUUUAUGGAAAAAAGUUUUAUGCCUUAUACUUUGAUGUCACUUGGUAGUGAAAUGGGUUGUAUGUAUGCAGAAACAUUGAUUAAAAUAAUUUUUGAUUUGGAGGAUGAAGAAAACGAAAAUUUUCCAUCAGUUGCUUAUGAAAUUUCUCUUUCGUUAGAAAGAAUUUUUAAAACAGUUAAAGAAAGAGCAUUAACUCCAGGUGAAAAAUGUUUUUUUGUUGAUAUUAUAACAAGUAUGGGUUAUGAUUCAUUUUCUUCAACUGAUAUUUUUGGAAGAUUAAAUGAACUAAAAGAAAAUUUACUUAAAUUAGUUUUUUUAAAUGAACGUUACAAUUUAACAUUUAAAUUUGAACAAUUUAUUAAUCUUUCAAAGGAAGAUAUUGGUAUUCAUAUUAUUGAAAAGAUGUUUAUUCAAGAAAAUGAUUAUGAAUAUAUAUAUAGAAAUAUUUUCAAACCUUACUGUGAAGAAUUUGUACUAGAUUUUAAGUUACUUAUCUGUGAUUUUGUUCAAAAAUGGUCAACACAACAACUUUCUUUUACACAAGAUUUUCAAAGAGGAAAUUUAAAAGAUAAAAUUGAUCGUAUUUGUAAUAUUAUAGAGAAUAUUGAUGAUUCAAUGCUUCAAAUUAAAACUUUACAACAUUUAGUUGAUGCUGUUUCAUUUGAAUGGCCAAAAAAAUUAACACAAUCUGUCUACACAUUAUUAACUGAUACUAGUAUUUCAAAAGAUAUAAAAAAUAAUUUAGCUGAUUGUUGCAAAUUAUCAAACAUUCGUCAAAUAGUUAAAAAUUAUAAAGAUUUAUCUUAUGAUAUCAAAGAAAUUAUUAAAAAUAGAAAUGAAUUUGAAUAUUUUAUUCAAAGUUUGUCUGUCAGUUCUUCUUCAAUUAAUGUUGAGAUACUUGCAAAAGAUAUAAUGAAACUUUGCCAAUUAAGACAUUCAUAUUGUAAAUUAUCAGAAUCUUUUAAUAUUACCUAUGAUUAUAUAUAUGAACAAUUAUGGAUACCUCAUUUAAUUCAAUGGCGAUAUAGUGAAUUUGAAAAAAAAGAACCUACACAAUGGUUGUUUAAUCUUCCAAAUAAUGAAGCAAAAGUUGCUGUUGCUAAAUAUUCAGUUGAAUAUCUUUUAAAAAUUUAUGAAUGUGGACAGGAAAAGUUAAAAUCUUCAGAAGAAAUAAUAUGUUAUUUCAAAACAUUAUCAGUCAUAAAAUCUUUCAUACUUAAUUAUCUUUUUAAGAUUAAAAAAUAUAAAUUAAUUUUUGAUAAAGUAGUUUCAAUUGAAUCACUUUAUUCAUGUUUUAAAAUUUUGGUACCUCAAACAUUUUUUUUAGAAACUCCUAAAGAAACAGCAAAUUUUAUUAAUGUUUUAAUAUCUAAUUAUAAUAUUGAAGAUUGGGAGAAUAUGCUAAAAGUGAUAAAAAUAACAAAUAUGGAUAAUGUUUUAGCUUAUCAAUAUCUUUUAAAUGCUUGUUUGGAGAAUGGUAAAAUAGGUCAAGUUUCAGAAAUAUUGUUUACUUUGUCAUUUGACAGAUGUUUAUUAACAUCAAAAAUGAUAUCAAUGAUUAAAGUUGUCCUAGAUAAAACUUUUUUGAAACUUUAUGAAGCAUGGAGUGAAAAAUCUUUUGAUAUUAUUCAAUUUUCAAAUAUAGUUUUGUUAGCAUUAAAAGUAUUCAUGAUAGAAGGAAAUGGAUCUGAUAAAACCAAUUUUUAUGACAUUAUUGCAUUUUCUACAUAUCAUAAAUUUCUCAAUACCGUUAUUAAUAUUGUAAACUCUAAAGAUGUUUAUACACUACAAGAUGAUACAGUUGAAUUUAUGAAUACUUCUGAUUAUAUUAAUUGGGAGUUACAUUCUCUUUCACAUCUACAAAAAGAAUGUAAACUUGAUUAUUACAUGGCUUUUAAUCCAAAAUCUAAAUUAUUUACUCGAAGCUGUCUUCAAUUACCUAUGAAUGGAGAAUAUAACAUUGAAACAUUGUUAUAUAUAGCUGCAUCUCUUGUAGAAUAUGAAAAAUUGGAUCAAAUAAAAUUUAGAGAUUAUAUUGAUGGAUGGAAAAAUCUUUUUAAUCAGUUAUUAAUAGAUGGACAAUUUUUUGAUGUUUUUAAUUUACUUGAAAUUUAUAAUACACUUGUAAUUUCAAAAAAAGAAAAUAUUUAUGUGGAUGAAAUUAUUAAACAUUCAGCAGUUGGAUUGUUAGAAAGAAUUUUACUAAUACCAGAUUGUGAUUUGGAAUUAGCUACAGGAUUAAUUAGUACUAUUUCUGAAAGAUACAUUCCUAGUAUAUUACAAGAAAUACGUAAUCGUUUAAAAACUAAUACUAACCCAAGAGUAUAUAUAAAUUUAUGUGAACUUGUUAGUAUGAUAUAUCAUAAAAUACCCCAAAUUGGAAUAAUUGAAAUGCUUGAAAAAAAAUAUGAUGAAAGUUUAUGGAAAAGAAAAUUUUCUAAAUUUGGAUUUAACUAUUCUAAUAUAAUGACAUUUAAUGAAAUUGUAUCUUCACUUGUUAGAUUCAAUGUACCUAAUAAUAUUGCACAUGAAUAUUGUAUUUAUAACAAUAUUAAUUUCAAUUUAUUUUGUCUUCAAUUUGCUCUAGAAUCAUGUCUUUAUACUUCAGAGUUACUUGAGAUGAAUGAUCAUAUCAAAUAUAUAGAACAGUUAAAAAAAACUUCUACUUUAAUUUCUGGUAUUAUAAUUAAUGAAGAUCAUAUAAUAUUAAUUCAAGAAACAAUAAUGAAAAUGUCACCAUAUAAUCAUGAAGGAUUAUUGUUACUAAUUGAUAAACUUUUACAAUUUACAAAAGUUAAAAAUAUUUCUGAUGAUUUAAAAUAUUUAUUUUAUAAUUGGAAGAAUGUUAUUGACUUUUUAAUAUCAUAUGGAAAACGUAGUGCCGAAAUUCUAUCAAUUGAAUGUAAUUGGUUAUCUUCACUAAAAUUAUCUCUUGGAAAUGAAGUUUUAUCUACUACUUCUUUUGAUUCUAUAGAAUCAAUUCAAUUAGUAGGAGAAAUGUCUAUAAUUGAGUUUCAAGUAAUGGAAGAAGAACGUGAAUCAGCAAGAAAACGUAUGCCACAAUGUGCAAUUCAAAGAUUACCUUUUCAUUUAUUAUGUUGUACUAGUGAAAAUGAAAUGAAAGAAUUAGUUUAUCCGGUUGUUUCAAAUGAAAUUAAUAUUCAUAAUAUUUUUAAAUGGAUUAAUAUUAUUGUAAAUACGAAAUCUAUACUAUGUUUUAGUCAAUCAGAAUGUAUUAUUACAGCUAUUAAAAAACGUAUAAAAUAUGUAGAAGAAAAUAAUAUUUUUGUUGGAGAUUUUGAUAGAAAUUUAAUCAUAUCUAUUAUUAAUUUCAUUGAUGUGUCAAAUAUAACAACUGUUGUAAAAUAUUCAUUAUUAUAUAUUGGAAAUUUAAGAAAUUUAAUAAUAAAAAUUGCCUAUCUGAAUAUUUUUAAAGAAGUUAUCAAAACAAAUAUUAAAUUGUUAGAAGACGACAAACAAGAAGAAUUUUUAAAAUAUGAAAAAGAACUUUCAAAAAAAAUUAUUAAAUAUUCAAUUGAAAAGAUACUUUCUGAUAAUGGACUUUUUAAUCAAGAAUCAAAAGAAUUUUUUUACAAUGGUAAUAUUAAUGAAAUGAUUUGUUUUAUUUAUAAUAAUUCUAUUGACUGGAACAAUUAUCAAGAUAGAAUUUCAAAGAUGAAAGCAUGUAAGAUGAUUACUGAAGUUAUUGGUUAUGAUAUAUCUUCAAUUCAUACAACAAUUAUAGAUAAGUUGUUAAUACAAAAUACAAUAACACAAAUUAAUGAUCCUGAUGCCACUAUUAAUAUAUCUGAUGAGGUAUUAUCUAUAAACCAAGAAGUAAGCAAUAGAUUUGAAUGUGAUAUUUGGUAUGAUGAUGUAAAUGUCAGUCAAAUAGUUUAUAUCUUGAGUGCUGGAAACUAUAAUAAUAUGAUAAAAAAAAUGUUUAGCAUAUUAAAUAAAGAUCCAAAAAUUUUACCAGGUGGUAUAAUUACAUACAUAAGAGUUUUAAUAUGUAUUUGUCGUAUGUAUCCACGUGAUGGAAAAAAAUAUGAAUGUUUUAAAGCUAAAAAAUCUCAAGUUCUUACUGUUCUUAAAGGAUCUUACUACUAUCAUAUGUUAUCCUCAAUUAAUGUAAAUUGUAAAAUUACUGAUCUUAUUAAUGAUAAAAAAAUGUUAGAAAUUCUAAAACAACUUCAAAAUUGUCCAGUUCAUAGUAUGGAAAGAGAUUUUGUUAUUUUAAAUAUAAUUAGAGAUUAUCUUAAAAAAUCUCCAGAAUAUCCUACAUAUAUGAAGACAUACAUUCCACGUAUGAUAAUGGGACGUCAAUUUUUCAUGGUAAAUUGUAUUUUAAGUGAUACUUAUUCUCCUAUAACUUCUGAUCACAUGGGAAGUAAUAUUCUUCAAUUUGUUCUUAAAACUAUAGAAGGAAUAUUAAAACAAAAUGUUAACAAUAAUGAUAUCAUUGAAGAUAUGCUUCGAUUUUUGAUGAAACAUUCUAUAUCUUUUGGAUAUUCAAGACCACCACGUGAAACAGGACUAUUUUCUAGUGGUAAUGAUAUGUCAAAAAUUGCUCAUUAUAUCCUUAAUCCUACUGGAAAUUAA